AGACCUUCCUGGGGCAACAGGUCAUGGGUCUGAAGUUAUGGAUGUGAGGAAGAAACCUCGGCAGGAAGAACUCGCAGCAGACCAACUGCACGAGGCGCUGUGGUGGGAUAUCUUCUUUGCUUCUGAGAUGUCUGAAGUGCUUGACAUCAAAUCAGUAAGACCACAGGCUAUAUUACCAGAGCUGACACAGGGCUGUGCAGCUCCCAGAAAAAUGAUGAGAGACACGCCUCAAAUUGGAAUCACUGUGUCAAAAAGAAAUUAUGCCUGCUCUGAGUGUGGAAAAAGUUUUGAUCGGCGUUCAAACCUAAUUAAACACCAGAGGAUCCACACUGGAGAGAAACCAUAUCCCUGUGCCGAAUGUGGCAAAUGCUUCGACCAGCAAUCCAACCUCAAUGUUCAUUUGAGAGUCCAUACAGGAGAGAAGCCUUAUGGCUGCCCUGACUGUGGGAAAAGAUUUAGCAUCAAAUCCCACCUCCACGGACACUACAGGAUCCACACAGGAGAGAAACCCUAUGAAUGUGGGGGCUGUGGGAAGAGAUUCCGUGUCAAAUCGUGCCUGAAUAAGCACCAGAGAAUCCAUGCAGGAGAUCCCAAGCUGUCCAAAGAAAUUGAGAUCAAAUCAAUAGGACCUCAGGUAAUAUUACCAGAGGUGAUGCAGGGCUAUGCAGCUCUCCAAAAAGGAAAUUUUGUUAAAAUGAUGAGAAACCGGCCCCGAAUAGGAAUCACUGUGUCAAAAAGAAAUCAUGCCUGCUCUGAGUGCGGAAAAAGUUUUGAUCGGCGUACAAACCUAAUUAAACAUCAGCGGAUCCACACUGGAGAGAAGCCCUAUUCGUGUACCGAAUGCGGAAAAUGCUUCGGACAGCAAUCCAGCCUCACUGUCCAUUUGCGAAUCCAUACAGGAGAGAAGCCUUAUGGCUGCCCUGACUGUGGGAAAAGAUUUAGCAUCAAAUCACAUCUACAUGGACACUACAGGAUCCACACAGGAGAGAAACCCUAUGAAUGUGGGGGCUGUGGAAAAAGAUUCCGUGUGAAAUCAUGCCUGAAUAAGCACCAGAGAAUCCAUGCGGGAGAUCCCAAGCUGUCCAAAGCAAUUGAGAUCAAAUCAGUAGGACCUCCGGCAAUAUUACCAGACCUGACGCAGAACUAUGCAGCUCCCCAAAAAGGAAAUGCCAUUAAAAUUAUGAGAAGCAGGUCUGAAAUUGAACUUGCUGUGGCAAAAAGAAAUCAUGCCUGCUCUGAGUGUGGGAAGAGUUUUGAUCGGCGUUCAAACCUAAUUAAACACCAAAGGGUCCACACUGGAGAGAAACCGUAUCCCUGUGCUGAAUGUGGCAAAUGCUUUGACCAGCAAUCCAACCUCAAUGUUCAUUUGCGAGUCCAUACAGGAGAGAAGCCUUAUGGCUGCCCUGAUUGUGGGAAAAGAUUUAGCAUCAAAUCCCACCUACAUGGACACUACAGGAUACACACAGGAGAGAAACCCUAUGAAUGUGGGGGCUGUGGGAAGAGAUUCCGUGUCAAAUCGUGUCUGAAUAAGCACCAGAGAAUCCAUACUGGAGAAAAACCGUAUAAAUGCCUCACCUGUCAGAAAACUUUCACCUGCAGUUCUAAUCUUAUUAAACAUCAGGUUACUCACUCAGGGGAGAAAGAUUACAUGUGCCCUGAGUGUGGGAAGAACUUUGCCAAUAAAUCAGAUCUUAACAAACAUCAGAGAAUUCAUGCAGAAGAAAGGCCUUAUGAAUGCCCCAUCUAUAGGGGAAGGUUUAGAGAUGGCUCACAGCAGAACGUACACCAGAGUAUUCAUCAGGUGCUAUAGAAUACCAGUGUGCUUAAAAGUACAAAUGCACCCUGUAAUUGUUUUCUUCAGCCAAGAACACAGGUUGUAAAUGAACAGAAAUAUAACUGCUCCCAAUGAGAGACUUGCACAGAAAAAGUCUUUGGAUCUUAAUAGACAAUAGGGAAUCCACACCAGCAGUAAGGAGCAGAAAUGUGCAACUAGUGAGAAAUAUUUCCAUGCAACUUUGUAAUUGGUUAGAUAUGGGUGGAUUCAUAUGGAAUUCAACCGUUAC